AUGACAGCCUCCCCCUCCGUCCUCGUCUUCGGCGUCGGCAGCGUCGGUGCCAUUUACCUGCACCAGCUGCAACGGGCCGGCUGCAUCGUCACCGCCGUCUGUCGCUCCAACUACGAGGUCGUCGCUCACCACGGCUUCACCCUGCGCAGUCCCCGCUUCGGCACCGUCACCUAUCGUCCCGACCACACCGUUCGCUCCGUGCACGAUUGUCCGCGCGACACUGAAUACGAUUAUGUCCUAGUCACAACGAAGGCUUUCCCCAGUCGGACGCCCUCCCUAGCGGACCAGCUUCGACCGGUGCUUGAAAAUCACCCAAACACGGCAAUUGUCCUGGCGCAGAAUGGUAUCGACAUCGAGAAAGACAUCGCGGACGCGUUUCCUUCGAAUCCAGUCAUCAGCGGGGUGGUAUACCUCCCUACCGUUCAGACAGAAGCUGGUGUCAUCGACCAUGCGGAGCCGCUGGAUCUCCUAGAACUAGGAACGUAUCCGGCACGAGCACCAGAGGAACACAGACAGGCAGCGAAGAAAUUCGUCGAAUUGAUGAUCAAAGGAGGCGGGGAUGCGGUGCUGUUCGAGGAUAUACAAGAGGCAAGGUGGGCGAAAUUGCUGCUCAACGCGGCAUGGAAUCCGAUCUGUGCGUUGUCAUUGUGUACGGAUGGCGGGUUCUUGCUCACUUCGGAGCCGUUUGCGCGUGACUUGGCCUGGGGGAUUAUGAUGGAGAUUGUGGCGUUGGCGAGGGCGGUUGGGAUUGCAGGGGUAGAUGAGGAGGCGGCGAAGAAGAGGUUUGCAUUGGCGGAGAGGAGGGCCAAGGAAGGGACAGGGAGGGAGAUGAGUAUGUUGCAGGAUGUGAAGAUGGGGAGACCGUUUGAGGUCGAAGCGAUCGUGGGGAAUGCCGUUAGACUGGGGAGGAAGUGUGGGGUGUCGAUGCCCCGGUUGGAGACGGUAUAUGCAUUGGCCAAGGGGAGGUUGGAUGUCUUAAUGGGGUGUAGAGGCGAUCAGUGA